GGGUAGAAAGCUUCAUACCCUACAGCUGUCAUCAGUAGGAUUUUAUCUCGAAACUAUAUGUGACGUGAUAAGUAUGGGCGCUGCUUACAUUUGUGUCCUGACUCUAUUGUUUAUAUAUUUGGCAGAUUCAAUGCAAGUUUGUCACCCUACUUAUUUCACUCACGCAUCGACGGUUGAUAAUCAACUCUUCUUCAGAAGGUUGUUGUGGGAGAAGAAUUUAACGAAGCCAAUUGAAUGUGGCAACUUCUGUUUCCGUGAGAAGACCUGUGUUAGUUUUCAAGUGAACAAAGAAGAAUCAGUCUGUAGAGGGUACGCCGUCACCUUCAACGGAAACUCCACAAGUGACCCAGCCCCGGGGUAUAUGCUGUAUGAGACAGAAAAAGCGUUAGGCUUCAUUGGGUCUUCAUGUCAGAACAACACAGAGUGUUCCGUGCCACGCUCUGUCUGUGUCAACUCCGAGUGCAUGUGUGACCCAGGGCUUUCCUUCUCACCACAGUCGGCGUCCUGCAAUACAACCUGCACAACGUACGGCUCUCACUACACUGAAGUACGCGGUAUCUACAUCUCGCGCUACAACAGGGUUGUCCACACCACACUGUCAAAACAACAGUGCAUGGACAACUGCACCAAAAGCGCAUUUGUCUGCCGGUCAGCAGACUGGACUCCCUCCAAAGCCAGAUGCGACUUGACGGACGCAACUCUCCUUUCUGUUCCUGCGUCGUACUACAAAGUAUUAGAGGAUAAGACAAAAGUCACUCAUUUCGUUAGAGAAUGUGAAAUAUAAUCUCGUUCAAUUUUCUUAAAACGUUUCUCUUGUUAGAUUAUGUGAUAUAAACAUAUUUAUUCCAAGUGGAGGGAUUGGCAAACAAGCAAAUUUUGCUUAUCUGAAUGCCUCUCCCAAACAUGAUACGUAUACAAAUAGCUAUGUAUUGAAAGUGACAUGAGACAUAGCAUACAUUGUAUAAUUGGCAUUAAAGAUAAGUAUUGUUCUGUAAGUGUUUCAUUACUGGAUUAUCUUCCAUAACUACAGUUACAUUAUUAUUUACA